CUCUUGAACCCAGAAACAAACCCCUACUAUUAUCUAAAUAAAAUAGCCCCUUUUUGCACUUUGAUUGCUGCAGAAAUCCUUGUACAAAAACUAUUGUUUUGUCACUUUCCAAAGGACGGUUCAAUGGUUGAUCUUGCUAGUGCAAAGGUAAGAUCAACAAGGUGCUUCAUUGUAUCCUACGGGUAUUUCGGGUUACCCCUUUUGCAUACCAGAUCUGGUGGGGGCGAAAUUAGCCUAAAGGAAAGUAGCAUUUGCAGCAUGCCUUGAAGCCAUUUGCAGAAUGCCUUGAAGCCAUUUGUAGGUUUUCUACCCUAUUUCUCCAACAAUCUUUAGGCUAAUUUUCUGUUUGCAAUUAUGGCUGCAACUUUGCGUGAGAUGGCUACUAAUUUCCAGAAGUUAAAUCGCUUUGAUGGGGGCAACUUUAUUCGAUGGCAAACCCAAGAUGCACAUCUUUCUCACAACUCUCAACAUCAUUUAUGUUCUCACUGAUGCUCGACCAAAGGAAAAUGAGAAUGAAACUUUGCAAGAUACAAGGAAAAGGAAAAAGUGGGAGAAUGAUGAUUAUGUCUGCAGGGGCUACAUCUUAAAUGGUAUGUCUGAUUCCCUUUUUGAUACCUAUGUUCAUGAGUCUACUGCAAAAGAAUUGUGGGAUAAGUUAGAAGCAAGAUAUAUGAAUGAAGAUGCAACAAGUAAGAAGUUUCUGGUGACCAGAUGGAAUAAUUAUAAAAUGAUUGAUAACAAAUCAGCCAUGGAACAAUUUAGAGAAAUUGAAAAGUUGCUGAAUAGUUUCAAGCAAUAUGAUAUGAAGAUGGAUGAAUCCAUAGUUGUGUCUUCAAUAAUUGAUAAACUUCCUCAUGCAUGGAAAGAUUUCAAGAGAACAUUGAAACAUAAAAAGGAAGAUAUUUCUCUUGAAAAUCUUGCUAACUCUUUGAGACUUGAAGAGCAAAGUAGAGUAGAAAAUGAAAAGGAGCUGAAAGUGCAAGUCUCGGAUGUCCAUGUAUUAGAGGAAGGAACUUCAAGCUAGCCCAAAAAGCCUUUCAAGAAGGAGUAUUCUGUCAAGCAAAAUAAAAAAUUUAAGAAGCAAAAGGGUGCAUGUUUCCAUUGUGGAAAAACUGGACACUUCAAAAGGGAGAGUUAUUUUCUCAAGAAGAAAAGGAAUGCACCAGCAUUAUCACAUGAAAAAUUCAUUGCUGUGAUUUCUGAAAUUAAUCUCAUGGAAGAUGACAUUGCUUGAUGGAUAGAUUCUGGUGCUACAAAGCAUGUUUGCAAGGACAAAAGUCUAUUCAAGACUUCAAAACCUGAAGAGAGUGUGCUGUAUGUGGGAAAUUCUACAGCAGUACAAGUGAAAGGCAAAGGAACUGUGGACCUUGAGUUCACUUCUGGAAAAGUUCUCACUCUCACUAAUGUGCAUUAUGUGCCCUAUAUUCAACAAGUUUGUUGAACAAAUUUGGUUUUAAACUUGUAUUUGAGGUAGAUAAAUUUAUUCUGUCUAA